AUGAUAUUCUUAUCACUACUUCUAUACUGUACCCUCACACUAGCCAAUCUUGCCAGAUUUGACAACAACCAACAUUCACAAGUUUGUGCUGGAGUUUAUUCGAAAAAGGAUUGGGGUGGAUCAAUAAAACCACACAUUGGAUUAUCUUUAAAACAAUACCAAGAUCAUAAAUAUGAUUCCAAGCAUAAAGAUGCCGAAUAUGAUGAUAUCAAAGUAAGUUACAUCAUUUUCGAGUAUAGGGAUCUUACGAACAUUGGAGUUUAUCUUGGUGAAGGACAAUAUAAAUUUAUUUGUGACGAACAUGCUGUGAAUGAUUUGGGUGUAUGUUCCAAGGACCAAAUUGGUCAAUUUAUCGUAAAUUCAAAUACCACCAAUUCAACCAUCUUGGCUUCACAAUUACAUCAAUUGGGUAAUGCCAAUAUCAAUUAUCCUAUAAAUCGAACUGGGUAUUAUUGUAUUUCAACUUUCGCUCCACAGGAUGACAAGAUCAAGUAUAGAGGCACGAUAAAUUUCCAAAACGCAUUUGGACAAUUAAAUGCUAGUGAAAUACCGAAAUUACCGGCAUAUGGAAUCUUGACCUUGUGUUAUGCUAUUGCAUUGGCAUUAUUUGGGUUUCAAUUCUUUAAAAAAAGAAAAGAAAAUCAAAUCUUGCCUUUACAACGGUACUUGUUGGCAAUGUUGGGAUUUUUAACAUUUGAUACAUUGGUAAUUUGGUCAUAUUAUGAUUAUAUCAACCGCGUUUCCAAUCCAUCUAAUGGGUUUGGUAUAUUUUACAUGAUUUUCAUGGCGAUUUUAAACUCAGUCAAGAUUACGUUUUCAUUUUUCCUUUUACUUUGUAUUGCAUUGGGUUAUGGUGUGGUUAAGUUGAAAUUAAACAAGAGAACUAUGCUUUAUUGCAAGAUACUUGCUGGGUUUAAUUUUGCUUCCUCGUUAACCUAUUUGAUUUUCAAUUAUAUUAGUGGUUCCUCAACUGCUUUAGUCAAUAGUGAUAGCAUCGAAGAUGGAGAUGCAGGAAAUUUCUUGGGUUUAUUACCAUUAAUUCCAAUUUCAAUUGUAUUGUCAAUCUAUUAUGUCACCAUAUUAACUUCACUUCGAAAAACAACUCAAUCAUUGCAUCAACAACGUCAAAUUAUCAAACUUCAAUUGUACCAAAAACUAUUCAAAAUUGUGUUUUCCGCAAUUGUAUUAACAUUCCUUGGUCUUACAUUAAGUUCAUUCAUAUAUCUAUCUAUGUCAACUACAGAAAUGUUUGAACAACAUUGGAAGAGUGCAUUUUUUAUUUUUGACUUUUGGCCAAGUGUAGUGUUUUUCAUGGUGUUUAUGAUUAUUGCUUGGUUAUGGCGUCCAACUGAAACUAGUUAUAUGUUGGCAGUAUCACAGCAGUUGUCAACCGGUGGUGAUGAAGAUGAUCCAAAUUUCGACCCAGAAAACCCCAAUUAUCAAGGUCCAGGAGGAACUGAAUUUGAAUUGGAUGAUUUGUCAUUAAUGAGUCACGAUGAUGAUGAAGAGGACGAUAAUGAUGGCGAUUUGAAUACUGGUAGAAAUGCAAGAAGAAAUGUCGAUAGAGAUAGUUUUGAAAUUGAUGAUGGUCAUCAACUGCUGCCAAAAGCUUCAUUUAAUAAGAAAUCAACUAAUCAAUCGUCUUCGUCGACGGCACCUCCACCCGGCUAUGAAGAAGCUAAUCAUAGAAGUAGUCAUGAUGACGGAGCAACAUUAUUUGAUUUGGGCGAAGAGGAUGAUGAUGAUGAUGAUGAUGAAAAUGCAGGACAAGAUGAUCGAUUAAAGAAGAAAGAUUAG